AUGGAGCAUGCUCAAGGACAAUGUCUUGUAAACAUUCAUCAUUAUAUUGCCCAAGGUACUUUCAGUGAUAUUCAGAUUGUCUGCAAGGAUGGGACAACAGCCGGAAGUCGUCUAAUCCUGGCGGCUCUCUCCACUUAUUUCCGGGCCAUGCUAACUUCAGAUAUGACAGAGAGUCGGACGAGUGUCUUCGAACUUCCGUCUGUAUCUCUGUCAGUAUUCAAAGAUAUUCUGAAAAUGUGUUUCUGCAGAAUGAAUCUCGUCAAUGAAAACAACUGCGUUCAAGUUUUAGAUGCUGCUGAGAUGAUGCAGCUUGACCACAUCAAACAGCUGUGUAACACGCACUUGGAGGAAGGUCUGGUUCUCUCUCCUGAGAACUGUUUAAACUGGUGGAGAUUCUUGAAACUCUACAAUUUCAUGGAUUUGUCGAAACGAGCUUUUGUCUACUUAACCGAUAACUUGGCUAACUUUGUUGAAACAGAACAUGGCAUUCAGCUGUCUAAGACAGAACUUCUGGAAAUCAUUUCAAAAGAAGACUUGAACUGUAAAGAAGAUAAUAUUGUUAAACUCGUCAUGAAGUGGAUUGAGCAUAAUCAGCCGGAUGAAGAUGACAUGAAAUGUAUUUUUGAAAAAGUCAGGCUUGACAUUGCUGAUCCAAAAUUUUUGAUUAGAGAAGUCGUGUGUUCAAGUGUGCUUUCUAAAAACAAAUCUGUUCAGGAAAUGGUACAAGAUGUGCUCUGUAAAAGCGUGAUAGCUGCGUCAAGUGGAUCAGCUCGUUUGAGCUUAGCAGUGUCAUCACAUGUCAGGUUCAAGAGAUUUGAUGUUUUCAUUUUACAACGUAACAACAUGUCACUGCUGUCUUGCUUCACGUCAGACGACAAAUGGGAAGACGUCCCACGAGCCCCAGUAGAUCCUGGAGCUUGGUAUUCAGCAGCAAGUCUGGAUGACAAGAUCUACAUCACUGGUGGUAAUUACAAACCAACAUGUACACUGAUUUACGACACCACUAGAAAGGUGUGGAGAAUAGGUCCAGAUCUCAACCAAAAACGCAAUGAUCACUGUAUGGCUACAGCUCGUUCUAAAGUGUACGCUAUUGGUGGUGUGUAUAGCAAUAGCAUAGAAGAAAUAAGCGACAGUGUCAAACACUGGCAGGUUGUUGGAGACUUGGGACGAAAGAGAUAUUAUGCUUUCCCUGUUACAGUUUGUGAGAACAUUCUUGUAAUGGGAGGAGGAAUAGGCAGAAACACAUCAGAUGUUAUCCAGUGUUUUAACACAAGGACGCAUUCCAUCAGCACUCUAAAAACACGGCUGCCCUGUCACUCUAUUUUACUAAGAGGUUAUGUGCAUCUCCCAGAUGUUUAUUUGUUAGACAUUCACGGGAACGUGAUGCACGUCCAGGUCAUUGACAGGGAUGGAGAAAUCCAGAUUAAGAAGAAAUUCACAGCAAAAUGGAAAUCAUUUCGAUAUUGCUUUGGUGUAGUACACCGAGACGGCAGCUUGCUGUGUUUUACAAAAGAUGGAAUCUGGAAGUUCAGUCUCGCUGAAGGUAAAGAAGAAGAGAAUACAUUCCCUAGGCCACAUACAAGUGGUUCUGUUUACAGUGUCCUGCCACUGUGUCCUGAUAACCGCUGA